CCUAAUACUAGUUAUACUAUUGGAGUAAGAGCAUAUACUAGUAUUGGACCAGGAGAAUGGACUAAUGAAUUAUUCUCAACUAAUGAAAUAGCAAGUAUAAGCAAUUUCACUCUUGUGCAUCUCAACUCAACUACUGUACAAAUGAAUUGGCUACCCAUUCCAGGGGCCAGUUACUACAUUAUCUAUUACAGCAGCGAGUUUGAUGAUGACUCAAUGAAUGUUAGCAAUGAAACAAAUGAAGUUAUUAUACCAGAGUUAUACUCAUGCCUCAGUUACUCAUUUGAGAUGUCAGUGACUAUUGAAGUAAAUGAAAUUUAUUAUGAAGGACCUAGAACUGUACCAACAGUUUCUGGUUCUACUGAUACCAUGACUACUGCUUUGACUGUGUCAACUACUGUAUUAGUGAAUAAUGGAGGAAGUAUUACUGGAUGGAUAGUCAGUGUGACAGUAUUAGCAUCACUAUUGGCUGUAUCUAUAAUUAUUAUACUGGUACUGGUUGUGUAUAUAAAAAGAACUAAUAUUAACCAAAAAAGAAAAUCAGAUAAUGACAUUUUAAUGGAGUGCAGUCCAGCUUAUGCUACAACUGAAUUUAAAACAAAUACUGCUGAUGAUGCACCAGUGAAAGAUGGUCCAACAUACAAUACAGUACAACAAACACAAUCAACUGUUGAGUCAGUGUAUGAUACAACUUGGCCCAAGACUACUACUUCACCUGCUGAAUAUGAAAUACUAACAGUUUCAUGAUUUGGUACACAAUGCAACAUUAAAGUGUUUCCUUGUCAUAAAUUUAAACUUUAAAGUAGCAAAAGAUUUCAGAACAGUUUAGUAGUACUUCAUCAUUGAGUAUACCAAAUUUUACAUUUUACAAUAAAUAAAAUUCUUUGUGUGAGUAUCUGCUAUUAUUAAUGCAUUUUUUCAAAGUACAAGUAAGUAUUUGCUAGUAUCAGAUCCUUUUCUGGGGAGUUUUCCCUUGCAAAGCUGCCCUUGAUCAUAACUGCAGUGCUCUUUAGGAAGUAACUUUUAUAUAUUAUUAUUAAUGUAUCUAUUUAUUUAAUACUAUAAAACUGAAUGUACAAGUUUUGAAAAGGAAGUAACAUGGAGGUGGUGGUGUGUAUCAACUGUUACAGUGUUACAUAAACUUCCAUGACAUGUGUUUCCUGAUGUUAUAGCCUUAUGUAGGAAGAGUUUAAGUUUCCUGUGAAGAUGUUGAGGGCAUUGCUUCUUCUUGUUGGUUUCCUCCUGUUGAGAGUUGAAGGACAACAACCUAAUAACCUGCCUAGUAAUGGCAUUCAAUUGUAUCUACCUUAUGCAGAUCGGAUAAUAACUGACUACUCUAUUAUAUAUGCUAGUCAGUUUUAUGAUAUUGAUCGGAAUAAUGAUGUUAAUGAUAUCAAUGAUGCUUUGUGGUGUCAGAGUGCUAACAAUAGUACUGACAUUGGAGUGUGGUAUUAUCCCAAUGGAACUGAAGUACCUUUAAUUGAUGGUAGCUUGCCUGAUCCAACAGCUCCCAGACCAGUGUACAGUAAGAGACUGAGUGGUCAGAUUGCAUUAGCUAGAAGAUAUGGACUAUCAGGAUACGAAGGUUUAUACAAGUGUAUCAUUCCUGAUGAGAAUGGAGUGAAUCAAACACUAGUGGUUGGAGCAUAUACUGAUACU